GCGCCGUUCUCUGCCACCGGCCGUUGUCAGGGCGGGGGGGCGGGGCUAGGCUCGACAGCGCUUCCGGCCGCCGCCCGGAGGCCGUGGGGUGAGGAGCGGCGCGGCAGGGCCCGGCCCGGCCCGCUCCGCCGGCGGGGCUGCGCGCUUUUUGCAGUGAGAAGAAAGAUGGAAAGUAAUGCAGUUUUACUGGAAUCCAAGUCCUCUCCUAUCAACCUUCUGAAUGAAAUGCAUCAGCUGCGUCUCCUGGGCCACCUCUGCGACGUGACUGUCAGUGUGGAGUAUCAAGGUGUUAGGGCAGAGUUUGUUGCUCACAAGGCUGUAUUGGCAGCAACAAGCAAAUUUUUCAAGGAGGUUUUCCUUAAUGAGAAGGGCAUGGAUGGCCCAAGGACCAACGUGUUCUUGAAUGAGGUCCAGGUUGCUGAUUUUGCGUCAUUUCUUGAGUUUGUCUACACUGCUAAGGUAGAAGUGGAAGAAGACAGAGUGCAGCGCAUGCUAGAAAUAGCCGAAAAGCUGAAGUGCUUGGACCUCUCGGAAACCUGCUUUCAGUUAAAGAAGCAGAUGCUUGAAUCAGUGCUGUUGGAGUUGCAAAACUUCUCUGAAUCCCAGAACUCCGAGGAAGAGAGCUCUACCCAGCCAAGCAUUUUGCUUGAGUCCAAUGCAGCUGCUGUGGCAGAGGCUGACCAGGCAGACUGUCCUCUGGAUCCUCCAGAUUCCCCAGCAGACAGGCCCGGCAAUAGGGUGUCUCCUGAGAUGCCGGCUACCAAACCAAAAGAGAAAACGGACAAAAAGAAGGAAAUGAUGAAGCCUCCUUAUACCAAAAUCAGAAGGGCAAGUGGGAGACUGGCUGGAAGGAAAGUAUUUGUGGAAAUCCCAAAGAAGAAAUACACGAGGCGGCUGAGAGAGCAGCAGAAGAAUGAAGAGGUUGCUGUUGAAGAAAACAGAUAUCCUCAAGACCAGGAUAUGUGUGAUAUGGAGAGGGAGGAGGAGCAAGCAGAGAAUGACAUCAAACCAGAAAGUGAAGAAUGCGAUGGCAACUUUGAAUCAGAAGAAAACCUGAAAAAAUCCGAAGAGGAUAAAAAGAAACGAGGCAGUAACUUCAAGUGCAGCACAUGCGAGAAGGAAUUCCUGUAUGAGAAAAGUUUUCUCAAGCACAUAAAGCACAGCCAUGGCAUUGCAGCCGAAAUCGUUUAUCGGUGUGAAACCUGCAGUCAGACCUUUGCCAACCGGUGCAACCUAAAAAGCCAUCAGCGCCAUGUCCACAGCAGCGAGCGCCACUUCCCUUGUGAGCUCUGCGGUAAGAAGUUCAAGAGGAAGAAGGACGUCAAGAGGCACAUUCUCCAGGUUCAUGAGGGUGGUGGGGAGCGUCAUCAGUGCCAACAGUGUGGAAAGGGGUUGAGCUCCAAAACUGCCUUGAGGCUCCAUGAAAGGACGCAUACAGGCGACAAGCCUUAUGGGUGCACAGAGUGUGAGGCUAAAUUUUCUCAGCCUUCUGCACUUAAAACACACAUGAGAAUCCAUACUGGUGAAAAACCUUUUGUCUGUGAUGAAUGUGGUGCCAGGUUCACUCAGAAUCACAUGCUUAUAUAUCACAAACGAUGUCACACAGGGGAAAGGCCUUUUAUGUGUGAAACGUGCGGGAAGAGCUUUGCCUCUAAGGAGUACUUGAAACACCAUAACAGAAUCCAUACUGGAUCCAAACCGUUCAAAUGCGAAGUUUGCUUCAGAACGUUUGCACAGAGGAACUCGCUCUACCAGCAUAUAAAAGUUCACACAGGUGAACGACCCUAUUGCUGUGACCAGUGUGGUAAGCAGUUCACGCAGCUGAACGCGCUGCAGCGGCACCAUCGAAUACACACCGGGGAGAAGCCAUUCAUGUGCAACGCCUGUGGGCGAACUUUCACCGACAAGUCCACCCUCCGACGGCACACUUCGAUACAUGAUAAAAACACACCCUGGAAGUCCUUCCUUGUCAUUGUUGAAGGAGCAUCUAAGAACGACGAAGGUCACAAAACAGAGCUCCCUGAUGAAGAAUAUGAUGUCUCACCUAAAAUACCAGAGAAGCUGCUGUCUUUCUCUGAAAAUGGCCACUAUCAAAACUUGACUGCUGUCCCGGGGAGUGUGACUGCACUGCAUGACAACGGUUCUGCCACAGGAACAGACUGUAAGUCAGAUGGGACUCCGGGACCCCAGGAAGCCCUUAUAGCUACCACUUUAAGUGAGCUGACAGUGCUGCACACACAGACAGACUCUAUUCAGCCACAGCUUCACGCUUUGGUGAAUAUGGAAUAAUUGGGUAUUUACAAGUCCGGUUUAAGCUGCACCCUUUGUAUAGUUAUUUGACUUUGCCAAUAACCUGCUGAGGGAAUUAGGAGAAGCUAUAACAAGGAAGCAGGGCUAGAUAUUAAAGACGUGCACUGGAUUUCCAGAAUUUCCUCGAAAAAUUCAUAUCCACCUCCAAUGUGUACAGCUCCAUCUCCUGAUGGUAGGGCAGAGUAACACCACAACAGGGUGGUAGAGGAGGCAGAAGUCCUAGUAAGUUUAUUCCCUGCGAAUAAAAGGGUGUAGUUCAGCCUGUUUGCUCUGGCUGGCCUGCAGUGAAAGUAAGUACCUACAUUCAGAUAGGUUAUAAAGAAGGUGCGAGUUUGAUUUGCAGUUGAUUUGGUGACACACUGUACAAUCAAGAGAAAUGAUGUUGUGUUUCUCGGCCUAGUAGCUUAGUGAAACUAAUUGCGUUUUCCCUAGUGGAAAUUCAUACACUAAAAAAAUAUUACUAACUUGCUUUUCAGGAAAUGUUGGUUUCUCUCUGCUUUUGCCAAAGAUCCAAGCAGUGAGCCACCUCACUCCUUGGGAAUAUAAGUGGGAGCAAGCUUUGGAAAGAUCAGGAGUUUCAUUCCAGGAGUUUUCACGGAAUUUUUCAGAGUUGGAAGGGACCUCUAGAGAUCAUCUAGUCCAACUCCCCUGCUAAAGCAGGAUUGCCCAGAGCACAUUACUCGGGACUGCAUCCAGGCGGGUCUUGAAAGUCUCCAGAGAAGGGGACUCCACAACCUCCCUGGGCAGCCUGUUCCAGUGCUCCGUCACCCUCACCGUAAAGAAGUUUUUUCUCAUAUUUGAUUGGAACUUCCUGUGUUCCAGCUUGUGCCCAUUACCCUCGUCCUGUUACUGGGAACCACUGAAAAGAGUCUGGCUCCAUCCUCCUUUAGAUACUUGUAAACAUUAAUAAGGUCCCCCCUCAGCCUUCUCUUCUCCAGACUAAAGAGUCCCAGCUCUCUCAGCCUUUCCUCAUGAGGGAGAUGCUCCAGUCCCUCAAUCAUCUUUGUGUCCCUACGCUGGACUCUCUCCAGUAGUCCCUUGUCUCUCUUGAACUGGGGAGCCCAGAACUGGACACAGUAUUCCAGUUGUGGCCUCACCAGUGCAGAGCAGAGGGGGAGGAUGACCUCCCUCGACCUGCUGGCCACACUCUUCCCUAUGCAGCCCAGAAUUCCGUUGGCCUUCUUGGCAACAAGGGCACAUUGCUGGCUCACGGAUAAUUUACUGUCUACCGAGACCCCAGGAUCCUUUUCUUCAGAGCUGCUUUCCAGCAGGUCCACCCCUAACCUCUACUGGUGCCUGACAUUCUUCCUUCCCAGGUGCAGGACCCUACACUUGUCCUUGCUGAACCUCAUUAGGUUCUUCUCUGCCCAGCUCUCCAGCCUGUCUAGGUCACGCUGGAUGGCAGCACGGCCCUCUGGGGUGUCAGCCGCCCCCCCCAGUUUGGUAUCGUCAGCGACCUUGCUGAGCAUACACUCUGUCCCCUCGUCCAGGUCACCGAUGAAUACGUUAAACAAUACUGGUCCAAGUAUUGACCCCUGGGGGACACCACUGGUUACAGGCCUCCCACUCGACCCUGCUCCAUUAAUCACAACCCUCUGAGUCCUGUUGCGAAAGGGGCAAGAUUCUCUAGUUGCAAAAGGGGCAAGUAGGAGCCGAGAGCUCUAUCCGUACAGGUGGUGGUGUUAUUUUUUACAUUUCAGCAAAACCUGGUGCAGUUUGACACUCGUAUUCAGUCUUCAUCUUCUAGCUGCUCCAGCUUAACGUAGAGCUUGGCAAUUAAGAGACCAAAACCUCUCUUGGACAAAUGUCUAUGAAAAGUAGUACUUCAGCUAUGCUGGAAAAGCUAGCGUAGAAAGACAGCUUAUUGCCAUUUUCCUCUUAACUUCUAUCUAUCUAAGCUGUUUUCUGCUGGUCCAUGUAGGUCAGCGAUGCUCUUUUCUCCACCGUAACUCAAACACCGCUGUUGCUCCGAACUGCGUGCUUACUUUUAAAUUAAAUAAUACUCUGGUGGGAAAAGUUAAUUACUGCUUUGCUGUCAAGUUGCUCCAGCUAAUUCCACCAGUAGCGCGAGAGUCUCUGCAGGUAAAUUCAGUUACAAACAGGAGGCAGUCAGUCAUUAUGGCUAAUGGCAUAAAAAGAUGCGAAUAAGUGAAAAAUGUACUGGACUAUUCAAGGGAUUUAGGCCUUUAGGUGAAUAUUUUGUAAGACUGUGUUGGAAUCUGCAUGGCAGUUUUAGGCUGGUGUCUGUUUAACUUUCCUCAGUGAGGUGUUAAGUGGCAGGCCUUAAGAACACAAGUGAUGAAUAAACUUACAGUUCAAAGGUU